AUGUCCAACAACUGCUGCUCUAGAAACUUCUCCAGCUCUGAAAACUUCUACUCCACCUCCAUUGGGGGCACUAGGAACUACCCUGCCUCCUCCUGUGGCUCUUCCUUCCCCAACAUCGUGGUCUACAGCUCUGACGUGGCCUCUCCCAGCACCACCCAGCUGGGCUCUCCUCUCUCCAUUGGCUGCCAGGAGACCUGCUGUGAGCCCUCCAGCUGCCGGGUGUCUCCUGUGGUGUCCAGCCCCUGCCAGGCUUCCUGCUUCCGGCCUAGGCUCCUUGCUUCCGGCAGCCCGUGCCUGCCUUCCUGCUUCCGCCCCAGGCUCUCCUUGCUUUCUAGCCCCUGCGGGGUGCCCUGCUCCAGCCCCAAGCCCACUACUGUCUGUAGCCCCUGUGGCUUGACUUACUCUGGAAAUCAGGGCAUUGGCUCCAGCAGCAGCUGCUCCCAGGUGUAUCAAUCUAGUAGCUCCUACUCAGCCGGGUGUGGGACCAGUAGCUUCAGACCCUUGGCGUGUGGGGUCCCUGGGUUCCCCUCUCUGAGCCUUGGCUCUGGAGUCUGCCGCCCAGUCUCCCUGACUUCCGGCACCUGCCAGUCGCCUUGUUAA